UAACGGCAUGUCCAUAUCAAAGUUACGCAGCCGGCACGCAGUACUGACGCGGCAGGAGCACAUUAAAAGUCCUAGUAGUGGCGAUAGUGCUGGGGGUGGUGGUGGUAGUUGUCGUACUGCUGCCACCAAUCCGAAUGCCGUCGAUAUACAUAAAACUGCCAAAUCUACAACGCACGCUGCCACAAAGCAACUGAAUGCUGCCGCAAUGAAUGCGGUUGCCAGCGCCUCUGCUGCCAACAGCGCUACCGCAAUCUCGGCAACUGCGCAACAACAGCAAGCAAAUCAACUCACACCGCAAGCUGCACAAACCUACGUACCUCAGACGUCACUGCUGAAAAUCGAACCAUUUGUUCCUAGUCUAACGACGCGCCUACGCCGCAACUUUGGACGCUCGUAUACCACACUGAGCACCACCGAGCCGGGGAAUGCAGCAGCUAGUAGUAAACGUAAAGGCGCUAACAUCUCAAAUCCAGCCAACGCACUCAAUGCACCACUGUUGGGCGCCGCCAUUGAUAGCAAACUCGCCAAAGCAAAUGCUGCCAGUACGCGCGCCGCUGUGGCCGCACGUUUGCGACGCAAUCCAGUGCGCGCAACAGUCACGCGUCAGCGCUCGAAAUCCACCUCUUCGUCCGCCUCCAAUCGACCGACAACAGCGCAUCGCAAUUUAUCACCGAAUAUGCUAUUGAAUGCUGAACAUGGCGGUGCGGCUACAGUUGUAUGCGCUGCUAAUGGUGGUGGUAGUGACAAUAGCAGCGCCAGUGGAAAUGGUAACGGUAGUGGCAACAGCAAUGCGGCCGUUGUUACAUUGCAGCCGAACGGCAUUUGUCGUAUUACGCGCGCUGUGCACGAGCGUGAAAAGCAACCGGAUCGCAUUAAUUAUGAUCGACGCGGUCUAAGCGCGAUACCGAUAUUCGAGAAUGAAACACAGCUGCGCCUGCUUUCGCUGCAGCAUAAUCUCAUCAAUAUUUUUCACAUACCGAAAGAAGAGCCUUUGCCAGCCCCUCCGCCGCCGAUACAACCAGCCGCGGUAACCACAACGAUGCAUGCUGAAGGUACUCACUCACCGGAAGCACCCACCGAGCUAGUUGACAGUGAGCAAAAUGCACUCGAAAUAACUAACGGCGUAUGUUCGCCAAAACCAUUGCGUCGUCAAAAUGAGCGCGCAGCCGUGGGAAGAAUAACCGGCACUGCUGGGAGUACUUCCAGCGCCGGUGGUGCGCGUCUUGCGUUGCGCCCAACUUGCGUGCGACAAUUGAAUGCGCUAAUACCGCCGCCACCCCCACCCACACCACUAGGACAGCUACAACAACAACUGCCACAAGCGGUGCCACAUCAUCUUUAUCAGCAAUUGCUGCAACAGCGUUUAGGCGCUGCAAGCAGUACUGUAAACACGCUGAAAAAUCUGCACUAUAAUGCGCCGCUACUGCCGCUGGCGCGCCAACCGACGCCCUGCCGUUUCGCACUGAAACGCUCUAAAAGCUUUGUGUCUAAUAUACCACGAAAUCUGCAAAGCAUACAACAAAAUCUGCUAAAGACCCAACUGGCGCGUGUCAAGCUGUGCGCCACAGGUGAUGAUGCGCAUUUAAAAAGUUUUGAUUCGAGCACCAGCACCAGCGCGCUGACCAACACUACCGAUUCGUCGCCUUCCUCCAUUUUGGCAACAUCGACAACAAACACAAAUGGCACCACAUUCGCCGGCAGCGACCGAGAAGAGGAAGAUCCGCUGCAACAGCUGACCGUUAAGAAUAGACAGCUGGUAGCAUCUUAUGGCAUGAUCUUCCAGCACCUGGUCUUUCUCGAUCUAUACGACAAUCAAAUCGAGCGCAUAGGCAACUUGGACGGGCUACCCACGCUCUCCGUGUUGUUGCUAGGUAAAAAUCGAUUGAACGACAUCAGCGGUCUCGCCUCGCUGAAACAAACGCUGCGUGUGCUCGACCUGCAUGGCAAUAAAAUUAAUAACGUCGCCAACAAGCUCAAUUGUCUGCAAGAGCUGAAGUCACUCAAUUUGGCUGGCAAUUUGUUGCGUCAAAUAGGACCGAAUGAUUUCAGCGGUUUGACGGAAUUGCGUGAACUCAAUCUGAAGCGCAAUAAAAUCAAGCGCAUCAAUGGCUUUCAACAUCUCACAGCCUUGGAGCGACUCUGGCUGUGCCACAAUGAGCUGCAUCGCGUUGACGACAUGGCGUCGAUUGCUAAAGCAACAAAUCUACUUGAAAUGACCAUAGAGAAUAAUCCCGUUUCGCUGGCGGGCGACUGUGUCUCCUUCCUUGUAAGCUACUUGCCACGCCUACAAACGCUUAGUCAAAUGCCAAUUACCGAGCAAGUACGCGCGGCUGCAAUGUCUUGGCGACGAAAUAAAGAGAUUUCGGACACGCAUUACGCACACCUCACGCCCGAUGCGUAUCAGUGCAUCAAACGUGAGGAGGUCAUAUCGAAUGCGCGCACCAACUGGGAGUUGCUAAGGUCACAGCAGACGCUACAACAGAGUGCGGCGCUGCAAAGGCAGGCAAAACAGAAAUUGCCACAAACUACGUACACGACAGCGCCACGCAUUGCGAAGCCCAGCGAGUUGGCGCGCAUAAAUGAGUCCAAUGAGGCGGUGGAUGAUGCGACCGAGGAAGGUGCUGGCAUGCUUGUGGCCACUGGGCUGGAUGCAGAAUUACAAGAGUUUAUUAAAUUGCCGCCCAUACAGCAGCAAGAACAACAACAACAAGAACACAGACAGCGAGUGGAACCACAACAGACGCAGAAACACGCACAGGCGCGCGUACAGCCAACAAAAUCAGGGCAGACAUCAAUAACUAAGCCUAAUCCGGCUGAUAGAGGACCGCUUCCGCCGACACCUCUCUUGACAAAGGCGCAUAAUGUAGAGCCACCGCCGCCGCAUAAUGUGAGCAACGAUGUCAAGCACAGCGAAGGCAAAAGCAACAAUGUUGACAUGUACAACAGCAGCAGCAACAACAACAACAACCUUAACAGUGCGCGCUUUUCUGGCUCGUCGGGUUCGAGUUUGGGACCCAAUGUACACUCCUCAUCCAGCUGCUUCAGCUCGGACAAUGAGGAUUCCGCCGAGUUAACGGCACAACAACGCGUUACGCACACACAUAAAUACCAAAAGACAGCACGACAGAAACAGCAACAACGACGGCGCGGCAACAACAACAAUGAAUAUAGGACUGACAAUGCAGUAGGGCGGAGAAAAAUUGAUGCGAAGCAAAAGGCAGGCGAUUUGACGACAACAAAUGAGUCAGGCCAUGCCGAUGCUGUUGGGGCAGCGGCUAAAACAGUCAAUGGCGGGGCGGUGGCGCAUGAACAACUAGCUACUGUAAACAGCGACCUAGUGACCAAGGUAGGCGGAGAGUUGCAAGCGGACGAAAUUACCGCAAAGCAAAGGCUAGCAACAAAUGAUGACAAUGCAAGCGAUGCUCAGCCGUUACCAACACAGCCACCAAUGCACGCGGCGGCGGCAGAAAAUGGCACGGCAAAGGCUGGUGAGUCCAUCAGUCAGACGGAGAGUAACUCACCAGCACUGACGCCUAGCCGCGCCAAUUCUAAUGCUCACAAAACAGUGAUGCCACAACAAAAAGCUACCAGCGCAACAACAACAGCUACUAGUAUUACCACUUCAGUUGUAAGCUCAGCCACAGCACAAAUUACAAACCACGGUGGCUUACUAAGUUUAGGCUUUAAAGAGCAAGCGAACACCGCUGCUGUCCAGCCGCCGCCACAACAAACAAAUGGCGCAGCGUCGGGUUUUGUAGGCGCAACGACGCGCACACCAUGCCGCCGUCUAACGAGGUCACAGACAAUCGUGGGCGCCAGCAGUGGUGGCACAAAUAACUGUCCAGCCACCGUAGCUAAUAACGGAAAUGAGGCGUGUGCCGGCAGGCGCACAGCUAAUAAUGGCAGCAAAACUGCCACAAACGUCACGUCGACGCCGUGCAAUGGUCAGGCGUCUGCACAGCCGACUGUCACUUGUAUAGUGGCGCCACCGCCAAUCAACUCUAGCAACAACAACAACACGGCAGGCGGCCAACGCGCGCCGGUUGCCAACAAAACGGAACGUGAGACGCGUGAGCGUGAACGUGAACGUGAACGCGAACGCGAGCAAGGCGGAGACUAUCUCAUCGAGAUUUGCGGUCGCUACCUGAAUGUGUACGGCCAAGGCGCUUUGCGCUACAUCGACAAACAGUGGAAUGCAGCGAAAGCGCAGGAUGUGCACACGCUCAAUUUUAGCUACAUCAAUUUCAACAAUAUCGCCGCCACCGUGCUGGCGCGCAUCAAGUCACGCUUCCCAAAUGCCGAAAAUUUCGUUUUCCGCGAAACGAAUAUCGAGUUUAUCGGCCAGCUGAAUGCAUUAGGCGAACUGCAAGGCAUCAGUGCGCUCACCAUCGAUCCGGAGGGAAAUGCAAUUACCACAAAGGAUUUGUGGCGUGAAUACGCCAUUUAUCGACUGUCGCACUGGGGGCUUAAGCUGAUCAAUGGUGUUGCGGUCACGGAGGCGGACAUCGAGGCGUCCAAUGCGCUGUAUGAGGGUCUGUCCGAUUUGGUGUUGUGGGCAAUGCCGCCGUCCAUGUUGCAGCCGCUGCUGGCACGUUUGCGGCUAGACGAAACAUGUACGGCCAGCAAAAUGUCGCCUAAAGAGUGGCUAAUGAAGCCGGAAAACAAAUCACUGCGCCUUGUUGUUGGCAAAGAGGCGUUACAAUGGAAAAAGCCCAACACCGGCGCCACUACUACUACUAAUACCAAUAACGGCGGCAACAAUGUCAACGGUAUUAGUGGCCAGCAUCAACAGCCAAUGCCUUAUGCCGUGAGCGAGGCCAGCGUAGGCGUCGCUACUAAUGCCAACAUCAAUACGCUUAGUAUGCGCGAACGCGGACGCUUGCACUUUGCCACCAUGCUGGAGAACACUGUGAACGCUGUGGAGAAAGUGCAUAUGCUGGAAACGUUGUGGCCAAGCAUGCUCUUGGACAUUGUACGCAACGCUCUGCUCGAUUACUCGCACCUCGACGAAUAUUUACACAGUGUAAUCAACGAAAUCAUGAAGUGACAAACACAAAGCGCUUGCAUUGCGUGGACUGGCUGCUGGCGCGCGGCUAGGUGGCACGCGGACCGUAGGCGUCCUUUGUGUGGGCCUAUACUCCCGAGAAGAGGCGCCGGUAGCAGAAAUUAUUGGCGCUUGUUUUUCGUGUUCAUUUGCUGGCAAUGUUACCCCGUGUUUGGCAAUACAAUAAUACUAGGAUUACUCGCAGCGAAUAUAGAUUUAACGAAGACACCUUUAUAUGUAGAUUAGCUAAUGGUAUAAGAAAACGCGAUGCACUUAUACAAAUUUACAUACGAGUACAUAUGUAGUUAAUAAUGUAUGUAGUUGAAUAAAAUUUGUAGCUCAAUUUAUAAAGUAAUAAUAAAGCAUUGA